AUGGCGUCCACAAAAAGUGAUAAAGUCGGCAUUGUUGGCAGUGGGCUGAUUGGCAGAUCAUGGGCAAUGUUGUUCGCAUCAGUUGGAUACCAGGUGACGGUAUACGAUAUCAUACCACAGCAGGUUACUGACGCCUUGGCCGACAUUAAAACGCAACUGAAAACCUUAGAAAAAGACGGCCUGUUGCGCGGUAAAUUGAAUGCCGACCAACAGUACCAAUGCAUCAAAGGGUCAUCCGACUUAGCUGUGGCAGUGAAAGGAGCCGUAUUUGUUCAAGAAUGUGUCCCAGAGAGCCUUGAUUUGAAGAAAAAAGUUUUCCAAAAUCUUGAUCAAGUUGUUGACGAUAUUACUAUUCUCUCGAGCUCAACUAGCACCACGCUCCCGUCCCUGUUCUCUGAGAACUUAAAACACAGAGCACAGGUAAUCGUAUCCCACCCCGUGAACCCACCAUACUACGUGCCUCUUGUAGAAAUUGUACCUGCGCCCUGGACCAGGAAAGAUGUAUGUGAGAAAACCAGGGCUAUCAUGUUGGAAAUAGGCCAGGCUCCCGUUUCUCUCAGCAAAGAAAUUGACGGAUUUGUCCUCAACCGUAUACAAUACGCGAUUCUUAAUGAAGUAUGGCGUCUAGUGGAUGACAAAAUCGUAAACGUUGAAGACAUCGACAAGGUGAUUUCGGAAGGUCUUGGCAUGAGGUACGCCUUCCUUGGAUCACUAGAGACCGCACACUUGAAUGCUGAAGGCAUGAAGAGCUACAUUGAAAGAUACGGCGAUACCAUUUACAACGUAAGCAAAACCAUGGGUGAAAUUCCGCGUAUGACCGCAAGCAAAAGUGCUGACACCAUUUGCGAACAGCUGAACCAAAUGGUUCCAAUAGAAAAGUUGCCUGAACGACGCGCUUGGCGGGAUGCUUGCUUAACUCGGUUAGCUCUGCUCAAAAAGGAGAUGGAAGGAAAAUACAAGAAGUGA